AUGGAAGAGGCAGACGUCGGCGCAGAUGAUAUGGAUGAGGACGAGGACGAGAGCGAAGAGGAGGAAGAGGUACAAGAGAAGGUUGUAAAGGCCAAGGACAACAAGGCGCAAAAAACAAAGAGCAACAAGUCGCAAGCAUCGUCACUCGAGGCAAGCAGCGCCGCCUACACCGGAGGCACCUUCAAGAGCAACAUGUUCAAGCUACAGGUCGACCAGAUGCUGCAGAACAUUCGCCCAAGACAGGGAAAGAGAGAGGCUACAGCUGCCGAGGCUUUGCACAAGCUCAAGAAGCAGAUGGAUGCGAUCCCCAACAGAGAGCCUCUUCCUCUGCUCGAAGCCGAACGCGACCUGAUCAAGAAGUCAAAGGUCGCAAUCCCCUUCCCUGAGCCUCGUCCUGCUCACGACGUCAAGUACAAGCUUGCGUACGAGAAGCCUCAGAACAUCAAUGUCGUCGGAAGUUUCCCUCUCAAGCUGUCUCUUCGCGACCGCCAGGCCCCGCUCUCGAUUGAUAUGCUCGUCACCAUGCCCAAGUCGCUAUUCCAAGAGAAGGAUUACCUGAACCACCGCUACUUCUACAAGCGUGCUUUCUACCUCGCCUGUAUUGCUGCCGGUCUCAAGUCAUCCCUCAAGGACUUUGUCUUCCAAUUCGUCAAUUUCCGCAACAACCCUCUGCACCCCGUCCUGCUGGUCCAGCCCAAGGAGUCGACUUCCGAGAACAACUGGCGCAUCAACAUCAUCCCUGGCAUUCCCGAGGGUACCUUCUCCAACAGCAAGCUUCUGCCUAGCAAGAACUGUGUUCGUCCCGCUCAAUCUGGCGAUGAUGACCAGGCUCAGGACCUUCCUGCCACACCAUUCUACAACGCAUCCAUCCAAUCCGACAGCCACAUCACCUCCUACCUGAAGUUGCUACAUGGUUCUUCUGCUUCCUGUGAAGGAUACACAGACGCCUGUAUGCUUGGUCGUGUCUGGUUGAGACAGCGCGGUCUUGCUUCCGAGUCAAACAAGGGAGGAUUUGGCAACUUUGAAUUUGCGGCUACCAUGGCCAACCUCCUCAGAACGGGCGCCGGCUCGGGCAAGCCUGUCUUGUCGAGCGGCUACAGCAGUUACCAGUUGUUCAAGGCUACUCUUCAAUAUCUUGCCGUGAAGGAUCUCGCAAAGGAACCCGCUCUUCUUGAUGCUGCUGGUCUAUCCGUCACGUCUGAGAACGGUCAGCCUGUCCUCUACGAUGGUCCUCGCGGCCAGAACCUUCUCUACAAGAUGACUUCAUGGUCAUACCAGCACCUCCGCGCCGAAGCUCGCACCACUCUCAAGAUGCUCGGCGACAACCUUUUCGACCAAUUCGACGCUGCCUUUAUCCUUCGCUCCGACAAUGUUCUUACCAGAUACGACAUGGCUGUGCGCGUGCCCUGCUCAGCUCUGACCGCCACCGUCUCUGAGGAUCGCCAGGUGCUUGAAAGAUACGCCAAGAUGUACAAAGUCUUCAGCCAGGGUCUGGGUGAUCGUGCUACUCAUGUCACAAUCCACUCUCCCGAACAGGAAUCAUGGGGCCUCGGUUCUGCCAGACCCAAUAUGGAGCGUAAGGGUGAUCUCCUGAUCGCUGUCAACCUCGAUUCUGCCAAUGCCUCUCGUGCCGUUGAUCACGGCCCUGCUGCCGAGCAGAAGAAGGAGGCUGCUGCUUUCCGUCAAUUCUGGGGUGAGAAAGCAGAACUCCGCAGAUUCAGAGAUGGUAGCAUUCUGGAGAGUUUGGUCUGGGCUGCCAACAGCGAAAUGCCCAUCCUUCAGCAAAUCAUCACAUUCUUGCUUUACCGCCAUUUCGGACAAGACGCAGCUGCGAGCGCCGUUUUUUCCGGCGAUGAAAGCUGCCGAUUGAUCAAACAAAGCAACGGUCUUGCUGCUUUCCAACCUUUGAUGGAAGCCUUCAAGACUCUGGAGAGUGAUAUUCGUGGUAUGGACGACUUGCCACUCACCAUUCGUUCCAUCUUGGCUGCCGACUCUCAACUCCGCUACUCUUCCGUUGAGCCCCCACUUUCAAGCCAACGUCAAAUGAAACGUCCUGCCGAUGUCGUCCUCCAGUUCGAAGGAUCUGGUAGAUGGCCGGACGACCUCGUCGCCAUCCAGCGCACCAAGAUUGCCUUUUUGCUCAAGAUCGGUGAGCUUUUCGAGUCAUCAUCGGAAGGUGUCACCAGCCGCAUCGGCCUUGAAAAUGAGGGCGAGGAGAUUUUGAACCAAGCUUUCCUCGACGUCAUCUAUCCCACCGGCUUUUCAUUCCGUAUACGCAUUCAUCACGAUAGAGAGCAGACUCUUGUUGAGCGAAUUCUCAAGUCCCAAUCUGCUGCACCCAGCGAGAAGGAGACCGCAGCAAUCGCUCUUGCUACUUACAAGCGCGUCUUCAUCAAGUCACCAGCACACACUCAAGCUCUGCAAAAGCUGUGUACGAGGUACCCAGUGCUCUCACCCACCGUCCGUCUUCUGAAGAAGUGGUUUUCAGAGCACCUGCUCAGCAAUCACUUCUCGGAAGAGGUCAUUGAAUUGUUCGCUAUCAACACAUUCACUCGCCCUUGGCCAUACAACACACCAUCAUCACCUCAAGCCGCCUUCUUACGUACUCUCACCUUCCUCUCACGCUUUGAUUGGCGUGCCGACCCAUUGAUCGUAGAUCUCGGUGGUGACCUCAAUACAGAUAACGUGGCAGCAGCGACGACACGCUUUGAGGCCUGGCGCAAAUUGGACCCGGCACUAAACCGUGUUGUGCUCUUUGUCGCCAGCAGCAACGAUGUCGAGGGUACUACUUGGACCGACGGUACACCCGCAAAGGUCGUAUGCGGCCGCACGACUGCUCUUGCCAAGGCUGCCACCGCAGAGGUCGAGGCCAAGUCAUUAGCACUUGACGUCGAGACCCUCUUCGUCUCACCCCUCGCCGACUACGACUUUGUCAUCCAUCUUAACCCUGCCUACACUUCGAACAAGUCAAAGGUUGCAAGUGGGAAGUACAAGAAUCUUGCCAUUGCCGAGGAGACAGAUGCCGAGUUAGUCGACUACACACCCACAGAUGCAUACUUCCACGAGCUGCAGACUGUGUAUGGUCAGUCAUUAGCACUGUUCUACGGUGGCGCUGGCAGCACUACUAUUGCUGGUCUUUGGAGUCCUGUUACCGCUGCCAGAGCUUGGAAGGUCAACUUGUCGUACUCUACUGUGCCGGUGAAGAAGGGCGAGGAGGUUAUUGCUGAGUUGAACAAGAGUGCUGUUUUGGCUGAGAUGGCCAGAUUGGGUGGUGAGUUGGUCAAGAAGGUCGAAGCCAACAGGUGA